UGAAGUAUCCGGGCAUUUCUUCACACCAAUCGAAAAAGCGCGGUAAAUAUAUGGCCUACUUCAAAGCAGUCAUUCGGUAAUUGCACCCGAAUGCAUGGCAUCAGGAUAUUUUCAACGGCUUAAUUCAAAACCUGUUGAACUCAUGGAACCUGCUGGCCGAUAUCUUACUUAAAAAUCCUGCACUUGAAGCAAAAAACUGCGGAUCGAGAAUGAGAAGGAGCUCUGCACCAAGUUUUUUUGGAAAGAGGAAGCAGGAGAGUGAAAAUGAAGAUUGUCAGGAUAAGAAAAGAUCUAGUUUAAAAGCUCACGACUCAUCUCAUGGCAUGAUUAAUAAAAAGGCAGUGCACAACAGUUCUCUCUAUAUAUCAGUUUAUCGCAAACCAUUAACAUCCAUUAACACACCUAUAAAGAAAUCAGAUGAUACAGAGACCACUGAAGUUUCCAGUCAUGAGACACUUAUUAGAAGUAUUUUAUCAAAGCCUUUCAAAGUUCCUAUGGCUAGCUAUCAAGGAUCUGGGCUGUCAAAAAGUCUAGGAAUGCGAAGAAAAGUUUUGAAAUGCUGCUUGCAUGACCCAUUUGCUGAUGGAGCUCUUGUUCUUUACAUCCCACCUGAAAUUUCUGCCCAUGAUCAAAUAAAUAUCUCAGAAGACCAAAAACUAGUUCAUGUUGUGGUGGACCCUGUUUUGUCAAAUGUGCUUAGGCCACAUCAACGCGAGGGUGUUAAAUUCAUGUACGACUGUGUGACAGGAACACGAAUUUCAGAUAACUUUGGUUGCAUAAUGGCGGAUGAAAUGGGUCUUGGCAAGACACUGCAAUGUAUAACCCUCCUAUACACUCUUUUGCGACAAAGUAAAAAAGGAAUUCCAGAAAUAUCAAAAUCGAUUAUAGUUUGUCCAGCCAGUUUGGUCAAGAAUUGGUACAACGAGAUAGCAAAGUGGUUGGGUCGGAGGGUUUUGGCGAACGCAAUCGAUUCUGGAUCUAAGGAUCAAAUAGACCAAACACUGAAGCAAUUUAUGUCACAGCAAGGAACUCGUGUUCCGACUCCUGUUUUGAUCAUAUCAUACGAAACAUUUCGCUUGCAUGCUUCUGUGUUACACAAAUCAGAAGUUGGAAUGCUUAUCUGUGACGAGGCUCAUCGUCUUAAAAACCUUAACAACCAAACAUACGAGGCUCUCAAUUUACUCAAGACAAAGAGGCGGAUAUUGAUAUCAGGAACUCCAAUCCAAAACGACCUGCUUGAAUACUUCAGUCUCGUCCAUUUUGUCAACAGUUCCAUGCUAGGUGAAGUAUCCGAAUUCAAGAGGAAAUAUGAAAACCCAAUUCUGAAAGGAAGGGAUUCUGAUGCCACUGAUGAUCAGAAGAAGAAAGGGGAAGAGAAACUUGCAGAGCUGCUCUCAAUCGUUAGUCGGUGUAUAAUUCGACGAACAUCCGCAAUUUUGUCAAAAUAUUUACCCGUGAAAGUCGAACAAGUUGUCUGCUGUAAACUGACUCCUCUGCAAGUUGCUAUGUACAAAGCAUUCUUAAAUUCAAAAGCUUUAAAACUGCAAAUGGCAGCCAAUCAAUCAUCAAAGAUGUCUGCGUCAUCGCUGGCUUUUAUAACCCAGAUUAAGAAACUUUGCAACCACCCGGAGCUGAUUUACGACAAAAUGAAGCUACAUGAAAAUGGCCUUCACGACGUUAUAGACAUAUUUCCAAAAGAUUUUAGUUUAAAGCAGUUUCGUCCAGAUAUGUCCGGAAAGAUGCAAGUGCUUGAUUAUAUACUUGCAAUGACAAAGGCAACGUCAACAGAUAAGGUUGUGCUGGUAUCCAACUAUACACAAACAUUGGAUUUGUUCGAGAAAUUAUGUCGUAUGAGAGGAUACGUAUUUGUGCGUUUGGAUGGCUCGAUGUCAAUUCGAAAGCGCAUGAAAAUAGUUGAUAGGUUUAAUAAUCCAGCGAGUGAAGAAUUCAUUUUCAUGCUGAGCAGCAAGGCGGGCGGUUGUGGAUUGAACUUGAUCGGUGCGAAUCGAUUGGUCAUGUUUGAUCCGGAUUGGAAUCCGGCCAGUGAUGAUCAGGCAAUGGCUAGGAUAUGGAGAGAUGGCCAAAAGAAGCAGGUUUACAUUUAUCGUCUUUUAUCGACUGGAACUCUGGAGGAGAAAAUUUUACAGCGUCAGGCACACAAGAAAGCCUUGAGCAGUUGUGUUGUGGAUGAGGAGGAGGAUGUUGAAAGACAUUUUUCGUUAAGCGAAUUGAAGGACCUCUUUACUUAUAACGAGGAAACUUUGAGCGAUACACACGACAGGUUCAAGUGUCGCAGAUGCGUCAACAACAUAGAAGCUCGUCCACCUCCUGAAGGAUCCGACUGUACCAAUAACCUAACUUGCUGGCAUCACUGCGCCAGCUCUAAAGGCCUCGCAGAUACCAUACUCAAAAGGGCUUGGGACGCUGGAGUUUCUUUUGUGUUUCAUCAGAAGUCUCACGAAAAACAACUGGGUAUUGUCUAGCUAAGAACAAAAGGAUCCUUUUUGCCAAGGAUAUGCUACCCUAAGCCUGCCAUAUUAUCCUUUCGUCAUGUCAUCUUUCUGACUUCAGUUUAUUCUGCCAUGCUGGCAUUCUAUUGCAAAAUUUGUUGAAGUGAAACAUACCCUCAGCUCCCUGUCAAUCAUCAGCCCCAACUCCCCCCAAUUGUUAAGACAGAUAUAAAACAUUACAAAAAGAACCAGAAUAAGAAAUUUCGAGGCGACAAAAUAAAAGCAAGGGUUCUCUAUUUCAUUGUAUUUCAUUGUACGAAAUUUCACUCCAGUCUUAUUAAAGUAUACCUCUGUCUAUGAAGGAAAUUGCAAUAUGAAAAUGGAAAAAUUCAAAUAUAAAUGCUGUGCUAAUCCAGCAACUGCGAAUUCAACUAGGACGCGUUUCGUUAAAUUGUGUUCCAAGACUAUCGUUUCACUUUAAUAAAAGAGUUUAACGUCGAUGCGGGGGAAGAAACGGUGACUGGGAGGCAGAUUGCUGUUAAAAACAGACUCAAAGUAGCAUCGUAUUAGAGUUUAAUCUUUCUGAGGUCCAGGUACAGGUAGGAAAUAGCAACCCCCAAAGCGUUAUCUCAGUGUAAGUUAAAUUUUCGUUUUAAAAUUUUCCCCAGAACAAUAAGUAGUAUAUAGAGUUAUAGUUUUGAUAUUUAAUGCAAUAAGAAUGUUUUUAAUAAGAUUUGGUGACAGAAAGAUGAAGUUUUUACCCAAUAUCGAUGAUUGUCGCAUCUCUCCAAAUAGCAGUAACCUAGACUAUUGUUGUUGAAUUUGUCAUAUUUAUUUUUCAACAUUCAGAUUUAAUUUACUUCUUCA